AGUAGUAUGUAGAGUGCCUCUCAAAGUGUCAGGCGCUUGGAUGGUGCUCAGAACGUGUCAAGGGGCCCAGACGCCAUCCGGGCCAAGAUCCCACGCCGGCUCCCUCAGCGUCAGGAGACGCCCCCUGCCGGCCGCCCGGUGUCCGGCGAGCGUGGAGCAUGCGCACAUGGCCCGACCAGGUCGCCUCCCGUCUGGAUUGGCCCUGGCUGCUCGCCGUCCACGCUCCCUCCGUGCGUUGCUGUAGAGACCCGUGAGCGCUGAGGGGCGAGCGGCGUAGACUCCGGGCUUCUCGGGACCAGAGGGACAUGUCUUUCCGCGACCUCCGCAAUUUUACGGAGAUGAUGAGAGCCUUGGGAUACCCUCGACAUAUUUCUAUGGAAAAUUUCCGCACACCAAAUUUUGGACUUGUAUCUGAAGUGCUUCUCUGGCUUGUGAAAAGGUACGAACCUCAGACUGACAUCCCUUCUGAUGUUGACACUGAACAAGACCGUGUUUUCUUCAUUAAGGCCGUUGCCCAGUUCAUGGCCACCAAGGCACAUAUAAAACUCAACACUAAGAAGCUCUAUCAAGCAGACGGGUACGCGGUGAAAGAGCUCCUGAAGAUCGCCUCUGUGCUGUACAGCGCCAUGACGACCAAGGGCCUGGAGGGCUCCAGCCUGGGCCAGGGCGAUGUCAGCAAAUUCAAGUUUGACCUAGGCUCCAAGAUUGCAGAUUUGAAAGCCGCCAGGCAGCUUGCUUCUGAAAUCACUUCCAAAGGAGCAUCUCUGUACGACUUGCUGGGCAAGGAGGUGGAGCUGAGGGAACUGAGAACAGAAGCAAUUGCCAGACCUCUGGAAAUAAAUGAGAUUGAGAAAGUGAUGAGAAUUGCAAUAAAAGAUAUUUUGGCGCAGGUCCAGAAGACAAAAGACCUGCUCAAUAACGUGGCCUCUGACGAAGCUAACUUAGAAGCCAAAAUUGAGAAGAGGAAAUUAGAGCUGGAAAGAAAUCGGAAGCGACUCCAGACCCUGCAGAGUGUCAGGCCAGCCUUUAUGGAUGAAUAUGAAAAGAUCGAGGAAGAACUGCAAAAGCAGUAUGCCAUUUAUCUCGAGAAGUUCCGCAAUCUGGCUUGUCUGGAGCAGCAACUGGAGGAUCAUCACAGGAUGGAGCAAGAGAGAUUUGAGGAAGCUGAGAACACCCUGCGUCUGAUGCAGAACAAGCUGAAGGAGGAAGAGAAGCGCCUGCUCAAGAGCGGAAGUCACGACGACUCGGACAUGGACAUCCAGGAGGACGACGAGUCCGACAGUGAACUGGAAGCGAGACGGCUGUCCAAGCCAUGGACGGCCGUGGAGGUGCUCAUGCAAGGACGAGCCAGUAAGCGCGUCGUGGGCACCAUGCAAGGUGCAGACUCGGACGACGACAUGGAAGCAGCGCCAGCUCUCUUAGGUAAAUGCAAGACUUCCAGCUCCAGGAAGCAGGAAGACUCAGAGGACAGUGAGAUUGACCUGGAGGAUGAGGAGGACGACGACGACGAUUUGGAGGACGAGAGCAUUGCUGUCUCACCUGCCAAGCCCAGUCGCAGAGGCCAGAAACCUGAGCCCCUGGAUGAGAGUGACAAUGACUUCUGACCUCCUGGCCAAGAGACACAGGCAGACUAGAACCCUCAGAUUUGUAGGUAAAGGGCGGUCGGAGGGGCCAGCAGGAAACAUGCACGGUGUUGGAGAAGCCAGCUGGACUCCCUGUUGAGGAAGCACAACCUGCUUCUGCCCUAGUCUCCUGUGCGUUUCUCCCCAGGGCUUAAGCUAGAACCGGAGCAAACCCCAAAGAUUGUUUUGCUUUAUUUAUCUCCUAAAACUUGGGAAAUGCAUGCAUUCUUAGUGAUUCACAUCCACAGGACAAAAACGUGAGAAAGAACAGCCAACACUCGGUAAGUAUUGGCUGUUGUUUCUGUCACUCAUUUCUGUUGAGUCAGCGGGACUCAGAGCCCCGACCUGUGGCUGGAACUGGACACAGGACUCGUUUUGGGAAUUGGAGGGAGUGUCUGACUCUUAAUCACGAACAUAGUUUAGAACGUUUCCGUUAUAUCAGCUUUUACUCCUAGUCCUUAUUUCACACCGUGCUCUUGCUUUCUCCUUCUGCAUGCUCACAAUACCAAGCUUUUAAAUGUAUUUUACUAACACUUUCUGAAAGUUGGCUGGCUUUGAUGAAAACCAACUUCCCCUGAAAAGUGGGCAGCAGAGAGAUGCUCCAGGUUAUGCAUACUCUGUUUCCUCUUGGAGGCUGACAGUCUGCCUUAGAAAAGAGCAAAUUAAGGAAAAAGUGUAUGUAUGGAUUUGUGUUUCUGACUCAAAAAAAUGAACCAGAAUUGAAUUCGAUAGAAUAGGACCAGGAGAAUUUCCCUUUUGUAAAAUGAGACGCAUCAGAGAGUGGGCUUGGGUUUUGUUGUUCUGUUAAUAUGGAAAGCACAGAGUUUUCAUUUAUUUUUCAGUUACAAAGUCAAAAGACUUGUGAAGUUCUUUAUCUCUUAAUAAAUGUAUUGAAUAUACCGUA